CCUCUUCUGGGCUCUGGCUCACCUUCUUCACGUAACGUCUUAUAUUUAGUUAUUUACGUUCUCUCCUCUGCUGACGCGUCACCUCUUCGUCAUGCAAAAUCUAUUAUUAUUCAUUUCCAAGAAACCACCAAAAUUUUCUCUUUCGAGAUCGAGAUCGCCUGGCUAAGCUUAACUGUUGUCGCCAUUGCCUCCAUCUCCGCUGAAGUUUAUUCUUUCUUUCAUCAUGACAUUUUUUUUUUUUUAAAUUUUAGUUAUUGCCUCUUUUUUGUUUUACAUAUCUUGACAGUAGUUUUUGUUGUUUUAUUUGUUCUAUAGUAAAAGAAAAUUAAAAUGCGAUGUUUUUUAUCUCCUGGAAUUUAAUGAUGUUAUUUUGGCACGUUCGUAGCAGUUAGCGAUUGAUUUUUAAUUGAGUUUGUUUCCUCGUUUGGGUUGUCCUUGGAUAAAAGAGUGUGUCUUUUGAGCUGGGUUUGGUCUUUGAUUAACCUUCUGAAUAUCUAACAGCUUAACAAAUCCAACAGUCAUUAAUUUUGUUCAUACUGUGAGGGAAUUUUGUCACCAUUUUUUUUUUGGUGUUAUUAUUGUGAGCUGUGAUCAACUGGGUUCGUUGAUAAUGCUCUGAUUUUGUGUUUUUUAUGAUCUGGAUGAUAUUAGUGGAAAUAAUAAAGCGUCAUCGAACUGAUGGGUCGCUCAGGUUGUUCAAUUUAGAUUAUGAUCGAAUAAUUAAUUAUUGAGAUUGUUUUAAAAGGCGUGGUUGAGAAAUUGGUAAAUAAGAGGAUGUAUGCGGUGGGAAGAAUAGGAAGCUAUAUCACGCGGGGCGUGUACACGGUGUCUGGGUCCUUUCAUCCAUUUGGUGGAGCUGUGGAUAUAAUAGUGGUGGAACAACCAGAUGGGAGCUCCAAAUCAUCGCCAUGGUAUGUCAGGUUUGGAAAAUUUCAGGGGGUUUUGAAGACAAAAGAGAAGAUUGUUAGUAUUAACGUUAAUGGAAUUGAAGCUGAUUUCCACAUGUAUCUUGAUCAUAGAGGAGAAGCUUACUUUCUCAAGGAGGGAGAUGUUGAAGAAGGAGAAUCUGUACUAUAUGCUUCAUCUUCUAGUGAUGUGACAGAUGGGCAAUCUAAUAGUAAUAGCAUCGACUUCAUUAACCAGAGUGAUGCUAGUAAUAAGAAGGUUGUGGUGAGUUCUGGUUCUCACCGGGCAGAGUUGCUCGGGUUUGUUUAUGAACGAAAGUCAAUGAAGGAUAAUGGUCACAAGGAGGGAGAAGGUGAUGCUAACAUGUCAAGGUUAAGUUCAUUGGAAUGUGCUGAAAUUGCGGCUGAUCUGUUGGAGGUGAAGUGGUCUAGCAAUCUGGCCUCUGAUGACUCGAGGAAAGAUAAUUCUACCCAGUUUUCUGCUGCCGUUUUGGAUGAUAAGGUGCUUGAACAUUUAGAGGUAAAAGAUGAUAAAAUCCUGGUGGAAUCAUCUGUGAAUGAUGACCGGAAGAAUACGACUGUCGAUUUUGUAUCAGACAGAGAAACAGUUUCCUUAAUUGAGCAAAUGGAUGGAUGUCCUUUCUCUAGCUCUGAGAACCUGGAGACUUUUACUGUUAAAACUAGCAAAGAAAUGUCAUGUAUAGACACCGUGGAACAAGUUGUUGAAGCUUCCUUAUUGGGUGAAGAUACUGUGGAAGCAAAUUGUUUAAAAGAUGAUGAAAUCCUGGUGGAAUCAUCUGUGUAUGAUGAUGGGAAGAAUAGGACUGAUGAUUCUGUCUCAGAGAGGGAAUCAGCUUCCUUAAUUGGGCAAAUAGAUGGAUGUCCGUUAUCUAGCUCUGAGAACCUGGAGACUUCUACUGUUAAAACUGGCAUAGAAAUAUCAUGUAUAGACACCGUGGAACAAGUUGUUGAAACUUCCUUAGUGGGUGAAAAUACUGUGGAAGCAAACUGUUUAAUAGUAUCUGAAAUAUCAAAAACAACCGACAAUUUUGGCAUAGGAAAUGCUGACCAUGUUUUCCCUGAUUCACUAAUUGAAUAUAAGCUUGAAGAAUGUCAUCGAGAACUGUCUGAUGAAGAACAUGCUUGUGAUGUAGAGGAUACUAUUAAUCCAGGUUGUAGAAUUUCUGAGGGGAGUGAAUCAGACAGAGUUCAAUCCUCUGAAUACUGUGAAGCAUCAGAGAGAUCAAUAAUUGGAUUGGAUAAUUCAAAUAAUCAGGCUCAAGAAACACUCUACCUUACCAGUGGAGGAUGUGGGGAAGUCUGUGUUCAUAUUGAUACUGUACAUGUGACAACUGAGAUACUAUCGAAGGAUACUGAUGUCCAGCAAGGAAAGCAUAUUGAUCAGGAGAAAGAAUUGGCAGAGGUUUCUGACAUGGAUACUGCAAACCCGAUAGUAAUGCCAGAAUCUUAUCCCAGCGUGGUCUGUGUUGAACCAGCCCUUCGUUCAACCAUAGAAGUGGACUCACAGAACAUUUGCACCACUCUAAAUGUCAGUUCUGAGGUUCAAGAUGGGCUAAAUAUUAAAGAUGAUGUUCAUCAGUCAUUAUGUAUUGGUGAUUCCAAAAGAAAUUAUAGUGGCAUUGUCAUGGAUAAAGCAGGAAGUGAUGUUGAGAGUUUGGAGGAAGAACAAUUCCUAUUCAGUGAUUUUGAUGAAUUCAAAGUCAGUGAGGUUCAGUGCAUUGAUUCAAGUUCUGUGGCUUCUUUAAAGAAAGAUAAUCAUCUAGCCUAUUGUGGUGAAGGAAUUCAAGCAGUCAAUGGGUUAGUUAAUGCAAAUGGUUACUCUUGUUGUUCUUCAGACGUGUUUGCUCAAUACAACCCAUUGAAUGACCUUGAAAGCUCAUUGGAUAAAUCUCCAAGAGUAAUGUCAAGUCCCAUUAGUGUUCCUGGAGGUCAUAAGGCUGUUGAAGAAGUUGGGUUUCUGGCAGAAUCAUUGCCAAAUAUGUGGUCUCCUACUAUUGACUUAAGUGCAGAUGAUUCUCAUUUUCCUGUUAGGCAUUCAUUGGAUUUAGAUUCCGAACCCUUGAACUGGACAUUACUCAAUGAGAUUGAUUCUAGCUGCACAGAGUCAGAUGCUGACAAAGAACAGCCUAAUGUUGACAAUAGUCAAGAGCUCAAAAGAGUUCUUUCCAGUCCUACAGUUGGGGAUCGUUCAGAAACCAUUGUUUCCCCUCGUAGAAGCUGGAGCCUUUGGCCUUUUUCUCGUAGAGGAUCAAAAACCAGGAAGGCUACACAACCAGCUCAAACUGAUGCUAAAAGUUCUGAUGCUGCCGUUACUAAAGGUUCUGAUGCUGCGGUUUCUAAAAGUUCUGAUGCUGCAGUCACUUCAGAGAGCAUUAAUGGCAUGAAUGAAACUAAUGAUGUGUGCAAACCUAAGAUGGAAAAGAAGAUGGUUAGGGCAAUCACUCCAACUUCCAAGCAGCUAGCAUCUCUGAAUCUGAAGGAAGGGAAGAACACUGUCACUUUUACAUUCUCCACAGCAAUGCUAGGGAAGCAACAGGUUGAUGCCAGAAUUUAUUUGUGGAAAUGGAACGCUCGUAUAGUAAUUUCAGAUGUGGAUGGAACGAUUACAAAAUCAGAUGUUCUAGGUCAGUUCAUGCCUAUGGUCGGGAUCGAUUGGUCACAAACAGGCGUUACACAUUUAUUUUCAGCUAUUAAGCAGGAAAAUGGGUAUCAACUACUUUUCCUUAGUGCGCGUGCAAUCUCGCAAUCCCAUAUUACUAGACAGUUCUUAUUCAGCCUGAAGCAGGAUGGGAAGGGUUUACCUGAUGGGCCCGUUGUUAUAUCACCUGAUGGGGUUUUUCCAUCUCUAUUUCGAGAGGUUAUAAGACGGGCUCCUCAUGAAUUCAAGAUCGCAUGCUUAGAGGAUAUCAGAGCAUUGUUUCCUUCUGAUCACAAUCCAUUCUAUGCUGGUUUUGGGAACAGAGAUACCGAUGAAAUCAGCUACCUUAAGGUUGGAAUCCCUAAAGGAAAAAUCUUUAUUAUUAACCCAAAGGGCGAGGUUGCUGUAAGCCGGCAUGUUCGCACAAAAUCAUAUAGUUCGCUUCAUGCUAUUGUUGAUGACAUUUUUCCUGAUACUACUACUACUACUACUACUACAUCUGAGCGGGAGGAUUUUAAUUCAUGGAAUUUCUGGAAACUAUCUCCACCACAAAUCAAUGCUUGAAGAUGUCAGCUAGUAAGGUGUUGCUGGACUCUGGAAACCAGGAUGUAUAGUUGUCCCCCGUGCUGGUUCUUGAACUUUUCAGGGCUAAAAUUGUGGCCGAGAUGAUGGCAGGAGCUCCACAGCAAUUCUUGGCUCUGCUGCACUGGCUGAUUUAUAGGCCGAAGGUCAUGCUUCAAAAUCAGUUACAUUUACAGGUGUAGGCUGUGUUCUAUUAUCUUCUCAGCCUUCGUAACAGUUUUGAGUGUUUAAAGAAUCUUGGAAAAACAUUAAUGUACAGUGCAGAAUAUUUUUCUUUAGAGACAAAUCAAAAUUU